AUGGCGGAUGAGUGUCGACUCACCAUCGUGGUGCGAUUUCUGAAACCUAGGGCCCAAAUUGAGAAAAUACGAUCCACAUUCAGAGAGAUAUUUCCAGUCAAAGGCAGUGCCAAAAUUGGAGUGUAUGACAAUUACAACGUCUUUCUGGACUUCACAAAUGAGAAUGAUUUCAACUCGGUGUGGUAUAAAAGAAUGGUAGAAAUCGAUGGUCUUCAAAUGUGGCUGCAAAAGUGGACGCCGGACUUCAGACCGGACGAGGACAUUCCUAUAGUGCCGGUAUGGGUAUUACUGCCUAGAUUACCUUUUAAUAUGCACACAUGGCACUACGCUAAACAAAUCUGUAGUGAGAUCGGAACUCCCUUAGCUAUAGAUGUUGCAACAGCUGGUAAAACGAGACCGAGCAUGGCUAAAGUUAGAGUGGAAAUUGAUCUUCUAAAACCUCUGGUGCAUAGUGUAUUUAUUGGAUCGGAGGAUGAAAAUGUUCCUUUGAAAGGAUUUACUCAAAAAAUCGAGUAUGAAAAUAUUCCUAAAUAUUGUAGACAAUGCAAAAAACUUGGGCAUAACUUACUCAAUUGCAGAGUUAUGGAAAAGAAAAGGGCUGCAGAAACCGAUAAAAACAAUAAAGAAGAUGAUCAGAAGCAUAGUGAAGAGGGAACUAGAGUAUCACAAAAGGAGAAGGAGGAGGAGAAAGGGGAAAAAAGAAAGAAGGAGCCACCACCUAAUGUGAGUGAUAAGGAGAAGGAUGUUCGACAGCAAAACAGUCUCAACAAGCCUCAACAUAGGAGGUUGAAUUGCGAGGAAGCUAUAGGAGGGUCAGACCAUAGUACCUCUAACAAGCCUCAACAUAGAUCGGAGAUUGAACAAGACAACAAGAUUGCUUUAGCCAUAGAUGAUAAUCAAGCUACUAUAACAAGCAGAUUUAGAAAGAAGAAGAAGAAAAGAAAGCAGGAAAAAAAAUGCCAAAGACGAAGAGUAAGGUGA